ACCUAAAAACGGGCUUCCGGCUUCUGUGCUCAACUGAUGUGCUGUUUGUUGACCCCGUCUGACGGAAAGAGUUGGAGCGUAUUUAAGAAAUGAUGGUAUUCAUUUGCUUUUGACCCCAAAAAUUCACAAUAUGAUAUUGGUGCCAGUACACUAGUCAUAGUAGUAAGGAUUUACGACGACCUCAAACACAGCGCACACAAUACCAGGCAGCCGCAUCGUGGAGAGGUGACUGUCACCAAAUCACGGCAACAAUGAAUGUCGCUCAUGAAGUCAACUUGCUGGUGGGGGAGAUCGAACGACUUGGCAGCAAAAAUGCUGAAGGUCAAACUAGCGUAAAGUUUGGAGUGCUGUUCAAUGACGACCGCUGUGCCAACAUCUUCGAGGCUUUGGUAGGCACCCUGAAGGCCGCCAAGAAGAAGAAAAUUGUCUCCUUCGAAAGCGAGUUGCUUCUGCAGGGCGUCCACGAUAACGUUGACAUCAUCCUGCUCCAAAAUUGAGCUCUUGCCAUUACACACAGUAAUCGCAGGGCAAAGUAUUUUGGUGUCUUUUUCAAAUAUCAGGCUUCUGCUGUAUUAGUGAUCAUUUUUUUCCUGCAUGUCCAAAGCCAUUCUUAUUUUAAUUUAGUUGCAUUUCAGUUUGCCAAACAAAGCCAAAAUCAGUGUUUGGGAACAAUUUUUGUUUCAAGGGCUAUUUAACAGCCACGAAUGACAAUAUUUUUAACGACCUAAUGUUCCUUAAACAAAGCACAUGACUUGAUAGAAAGUAGUGUGACGUGUAAUCAGUUAUAUGUGGAUAUUUGGAAAGUUUUGGCUGCAUUGUGUUAGAUUUAAAAAUAUAGAAUAGAACAGUACAAUGAUGUCUGUUUUUGGUGUUCUGUUUACUAACACAUUUGAUUGCAAGAAAGACUUUUUGGUUAACUGUCAUCAAAACAAAAUGCUCAGGGUUAAUUCAAUCAAUAUCCAGUAGUGAGAAAAAGGGGUUGAAAGAGCUACUGUGACUUUUUGAAAACAAGUCACCAAGCCUCUGGUAUGACUUUUUCUGUAAAAUCCCGUAUUUCAUGCUGUGAGCAGACUGUCACUUAACAUGCAUUUUAUUUCGCAUCUUUUAUUGCAUGUCGUGCAAAUUUCAGUAAUUACAGUAAACUGUUCCCGUCGAAUUGUCUUUAAAAGGUUAGAUUCAGCACAACGUGGAUAUCAACAAUGAAAUAUCUGGAUUAAUCACACAAAAUAGAGCUAUAUUAUAUGUUGGUUGAUGAUGGUUCCAUACAUUACAUGAGUCCAUUAUGGUACCUCUCAAAUUCUGUAUAACACACAUUAAAUUUGUCACCAGACAUUUCUGUAGACAAGUGCAUUUUUAAAACACAUUUUUGUUAUUCUUUGUUAUAAGGAUUGCAUCGCAUCUUUUGUGGAAAAUAUUUUUUUUUCCCAAGCAACCCCCCCUCCAAGAAAAAAAAAUCAGUCCAUGUAAAUGGACAAAGUGUUUACAUUGGACACGUGUUUGUUGUGCAAUUUUUGUAGAGCAUACAAUUACUAAAGGGUGCCAACAAAAAUCAGUUUGUAAUGUUUCCUCAGGACCAAAUCAACUCAACCAAAUAUGCUUGAUAAAUGAACCAGUACAGUAGUUUUUGUCUAUUUACCACUGUUUAUUUCGUACUGUGAGGCCAAUGACAUUUGCAGAUCAGGCCUAUUUGCUGGUGUAAAACGAUCUUCUGCAUGGUUUUAAGCAUGCCGACUGUUAAAUCGCAUCAUGUAGGCCCUUGUGCAUUUGUAACAAUUGAGGGAGAUUCCAUUCUAAAAUGUAAAUGAGGUGAACAUAUCGUAAAGCAAGAAGAGAGAGGCCUCGCCAGAACAGCAUCAAUACCUCUAUGAUCAAUGUCUGUGAAUGAAUAUAUAACUCCUGGAUAGUGUGUUAGAAUUACUGUCUUUUGUAGUGGCAAUAACCCAUGUCUACAUUCCAAUAAAUGAAAUCUUUUAACUUCA